CACGCUUCAUACACAUAGCUGGGGUCGCGAGCUUGUCAACAUCGCGCAGAGGGCGGGGUCUGGUCUGUACGUCAAUGGGAGGGCGGAGCUGCGUGUACUCUUUCCUCAGAACAGUCUACUAAGGGACCAGGGACUUGAGAAUGGAUCCUCGACGAUGCUAGGGCUACAAUGGGAAGCGCCGCGCUUCGCUGUUUCUGUUAUGGUUGCCUCUUCACCUCUGUGACCUGGACGCUUCUGCUCUUUAUCUAUUUCAACUUUAGCGAAGAAAGCCAAGGCGCCAGACAUGUGCCCAUCAAGGGGCUCGAGCCCUAUAAACCAUACCCGAAAAAGAUCUAUCCCCGCUUCUCCCGCGAGUCGCUCAUCGCCGGCGACAAAGCUCAGAAGAUCCACGAGGACGAUCGCUUGGGGAAUCACGUCGGAGAUCAAGGCGAAAACAGUCUGGAUUUCUCUCCCGAAAUGGGCAUGAUAUUCAGCGAGAGAGACCAGGAUGUGCGUGACACGGGAUAUCAGAAACACGCCUUUAACAUGCUAAUCAGCAAUCGACUUGGCUACCACCGCGACGUGCCCGACACAAGGGAUUCAAAGUGUGUAAAGAAAACGUACCCUCGGGAUCUGCCCCUCGCGAGCGUCGUCAUCUGCUUUUACAACGAAGCUUUUUCUGCUUUGUUACGGACCGUCCACAGCGUGUUGGACCGCAGCCCGGGCGACCUGCUGCAGGAGAUCAUUCUGGUGGAUGAUAACAGCGACCUGGAUGACUUAAAGAAAGAUUUAGAUGAUUACAUUGAAGAGAACCUCCCCAAAAAGGUGAAGCUUGUGCGGAACAAGCAACGAGAGGGGCUGAUUCGCGGCAGGAUGGUUGGGGCAUCUCACGCCACGGGCGAUGUGCUGGUGUUCCUGGACAGUCACUGCGAGGUGAAUGAGAUGUGGCUGCAACCUCUUCUCACUCCCAUCAAGGAGAACCGAAAGAACGUGGUGUGUCCAGUCAUCGACAUCAUCAGCGCCGACACGUUAAUUUACAGCUCCUCACCUGUUGUGCGCGGGGGCUUUAACUGGGGGCUGCACUUCAAGUGGGACCCUGUUCCCUUGGUGGAAUUAGAAGGACCUGAGGGAUUCACUACGCCUUUUAGGUCUCCGACUAUGGCUGGGGGUCUUUUUGCAAUGCACAGAGAAUACUUUAAUACCCUGGGGCAGUAUGACAGCGGCAUGGACAUCUGGGGAGGAGAGAACCUGGAGAUAUCGUUCCGGAUCUGGAUGUGCGGGGGCAGCCUGCUGAUCGUCCCGUGCUCCAGGGUCGGCCAUAUCUUCCGUAAAAGACGUCCUUAUGGCUCACCGGGGGGCCAGGACACAAUGGCGCACAAUUCUCUGCGUCUGGCGCACGUGUGGAUGGAUGAAUAUAAGGAACAAUAUUUCGCACUUAGACCAGAACUUAGGAACAGAGAUUAUGGCGAUAUAAGUGAGAGAGUGGCUUUGAGGAACAGGUUAAAAUGCAAGUCCUUCAAGUGGUAUUUGGACAAUAUAUACCCUGAGAUGCAAGUCUCUGGACCAAACGCAAAGGCCCAGCCGCCGGUCUUUGUCAACAGAGGAGCCAAAAGACCCAAAAUCAUCCAGCGCGGGAGGCUGAUCAACGUGCUGACCAACAAGUGCCUGGCUGCGCAGGGUCAUCCGAGCCAGAAAGCGGGGCUGGUGGUGGUGAAAGAAUGCGAUUUCAGCGAUUCCGACCAGAUCUGGACGUAUAACGAAGAAAACGAACUCGUUCUGAGUAACUUGCUUUGCCUGGAUAUGUCAGAGACCCGAUCCUCGGAUCCUCCUCGUCUUAUGAAAUGCCACGGCUCCGGGGGGUCGCAGCAGUGGGUGCUGGGGAAAAGCUACCGUCUGUACCAAGUGUCUGUUGGGCAAUGUUUGAAGAUCAUCGACCCGACAAGCCACAAGGGCUACGUGUCCAUGGCUAUCUGCGACGGCUCUCCGGCUCAGCGGUGGGAUUUCCGUAGCUGAGGUCGAGCUCCGUACAUGAAGCUAACGGAUUCUGACGCCAAACCUUCCCGGCACGAUCAGUCCCAGCUGCUAUUUUAAAUUUCUCCAUCUUGUCAAAUACUUGACAUGCAGACGUACAGAGGAGUUCUUCGACGUAUUUGCUUUUUAAUCCUUACAUGAAUGUAAAGAAUUUUAUGUCAUAAUUUGAGCAUUUUAAUUUGUUAUAAUUUUACCUUGUAGCCUGUCUUAUAAAAAAAAA